AGAAAGCAGACAGGAAGCUAGCGUACAAAAGGCACGUGACAAGAGUGACGCGGUCAUAAAAUAACGCAUGUUCCAAGACAACCAACUUAUGUAUAUUUCCGGGUUUUAACAUGUCAUUGAGAUUAUGAUUUGAAGCCCUAGAACAUAUUCGAUAUUAUUAUAUUGAAAACAGUAUUACUUAGAUAUGUUGAGUUUCAAACAUUUGUAAUAUUCAUUGACGAAUACAUGUAAUAGAGGAUCUAUGACCGGAUGCAAUGAAAUGGAGGCUAGUCGGAUAUCACCGCUGCUCUCGAAUAUCUUUCAUUACGCUACGCCUGAAAAAGCUUUUCAUGUUUCCUGCUACUGUACAGCAUAAACUCGGAUUCUUGCUAGGGACCAAAACAUAACCAGUUGAAAGAAGGCCGUGCAUAUAAUUCCUAGUUUACCUUUAGGAUAGAUAGUCUAGAGAAAAUAGUAAUUGCAUAAUACAGACUUUCAACACGUCGAAACCAACACAGUGAGAUUUCAGUCUUACGAAUUGAAUGUCUUGCUGUUUUUUUUUUGGCAAAGGCGGGGAAUACAAAGGCAAAGUAAAAUACAAUCAAGACUCGAAUGUAACAUUUUACCUGGAAUACCUCGAGCCCAACUAACUUCGGGGUUGAAACCAGUGUUUAUUUUUAAACCACGUCAAGCUCCUGAAGUAUUUCAUGGAUUAUCUGUGUUUCAGGACACUCUGCUGUAAAGGACCGCCCCCGCCUAGACCAGAGUAUGACCUGGUGUGUAUUGGACUCACAGGCUCUGGGAAGACCAGUCUACUGUCCAGACUCUGCAGUGAAGCCACUGACCAUGUCGGGCCUACUACAGGUUUUAGCAUCAAAGCUGUUCCAUUCCAGAAUGCCAUUCUAAAUGUGAAAGAGCUCGGAGGAGCAGACUCCAUCAAGAAGUACUGGUCUCGGUACUACCAGGGAUCCCAGGGGGUGGUCUUUGUCCUGGACAGUGCGUCAUCAGACGAGGACCUGGAGACGGCCCGGACCGAGCUGCACUCGGCGCUGCAGCACCCCCAGCUCUGCACACUGCCCUUUCUCAUACUGGCCAAUCACCAGGACAAACCGGCUGCUCGCACCACACAGGAGAUAAAGAAGUAUUUUGAGCUGGAGCCCCUUGCCCGAGGGAAAAGCUGGAUUCUAGAGGGCAGUUCAGUGGACAACAUUGACGCUGUGAAGCAGAGCUUCAUUCAGCUUAUUGAGCUGUUGGAGAUCAAGGACCAAGACACGGGCAGGAUAUGAGCCAGAACCUGCAGAUGUAUGACCUUCGAAUCCGAUAGGAAGUACGGACUCUAUACAGGACCUGCAUAUUUACACAGAACUACAAAUCUCAUAGAACCUGCUGAGCCACAUAAACUACAAUUCCUAUAGGUCCUGCACAUCUACUGGGUACUAAAAACCCAACAGGUCCCACAGGUGCUGCUGAGCCACAGAGCCUACAAAUCCCACAGAUCUCACAGGACCAGCUGAGCUACAAACCCCACAGGACCUGUACAACCACAGUUACUACAAGUCCCACAGGAGUCAUAUCCAUGCUCCAGAUUCCAUGAGUAGGCAAGCCACACAAGCAUGUCAAAUCACGAUGUAGCAACCUGAUCCAGGUUGGGGAUCCUAAUAAAAGCCUAAAUCCCAGAGAAGACGGAAGUUGGAGUCAUUUGUCUCCAGCCACGACUCUGGGGUUCUGACAUUAAGAAGAUAAUACUACCAUAGUUUUCCAACUGUAGAGACCUAAUGGACUUCUUUAACAGGGAGAUGUUGGAAUGUAAUUUCUUUGCUUAAAAUGAAUUUAACACAUGUGGAGCAUCAGUUAGCCACUAUCUGUAAUGCUUGAUCAUCAUUCUUGUUAUUCACUUCAAAUUAUUAUUGUCCCUUUUCAAAGGUGGACAUUGCGACAAUUAGAAAAACUGGAAUUUCAAUGAUUCAAAAUGUAUUUAUGAAGCACAUUUCUUACAGAGGACGCGUUUCAAAGGUGCUUAGCAAAUACUAUUCUAAAAGGUGAAGAUAAAAACACUACAUUUUCUAAACAAAUACAUCAUGCUCAAUAUUGAUUUCUCCUGCAACAUUUUUAACAUCUGUAACAAAUGUUUAAAGGUUUGUUUUAAAGCUAGAACUUUUAAGAAGUGGUUUUACUAACAAGUUGCCAUUAGAUUAUCCCAAUACUUCCAAUACUUCAAUUUGCAGGUUUGAGUUGAGAUUAAAUGUUUGAAUCAGAAGCUUUUUGUCAUUGAUUCACUUAAAUGAAAAUUCUUAGGAAUUAACUUUUAGAUGUUACAUUACGAGUGUUUUAGUUAUUUGAUUAUCUUACCUUGAUAUUGGGGGCGAAACACCCAGCCUUCAGUCUUUAAAAGUGUUGUAAGAGAUUGGAUGCAGUUUUUCACAACAUGCCAAUGAAAUCUAUCGGAUUUCCAAUCAAUUGUACAGAGCCUUCAUUGUGUGUGUGUGUGUGUAUGUGUCUGUGUGUGUGUGUGUGUGUUUCAUGUACAGUGAUGAGUCCCUUUUUUAUGUUGUUACUGUCACUUUUGAAUGUAACAAAAGCACUCCUAUACCUGAGCAUGCCAUUCAGCUCCUGUUGUAAGUUAGUGCCUCAAUGCUGUCAAUCAUUAUCUAAGAUUAAUAAUUAUGUAGAUCUAGUAUUAGAUCUUGUCAAUCAUCUGUGACUGCAGCUGCUGUCCUUUUAUGACGUCAUCUGUUUUGUUGCCCUACCCCCUUGACCAAGGGGGUUACACUGACCCUUUGAGAUGACCCACACGAUUGUCGUGAUUAUCAGACUGUACACGAGCAGCAGCAUGUGUACUUCAAAGUGCUGAACAGAAGAAUACAUUUAGCUAGUCUUUAGAUGGAAGUACACCAACUCCUGAACAUAAUGUUGUAUUUCUAGAACUGUAUCUACCAAUAUUUUUAUACCCUUAUAGACAAAAUCUUCAAGCUGCCUUUUUUUGUAAUUCAUUUAUAUCUUAAUCAAGAUUAAUUUGUACAUUUACAGAUGGUCUUGUUAUAAUCUGGAAGGGCAGACACAUGUCUGUAUAUGCUAGAAGAAGAAGUGGACAUGUAGCAGUUUUCUUAGUGGCUUCAAGACUAUUCUGAAGGUCUACUGUGUAAAUAUGUAAUUUAUGCAUAAUUCUACUUGGCAACAUGGACAAUAAAGGCUAAAUAAGGAGAUUUGUGUUCACUCCAUCAAUUCGUUCAUUGUUUUAUGUUGCUAGGAUACCUUAAACGACCUUAAGUAUCAAGAAUCAGAGCCAUAAAAAGAAAUAUGAUCCUGUCAGUAUUGGUCUAACACUGUAUUUCAGACCCUUGUUUGAAUGAUGUUCUUCAGUAUGGCUGCAGUUUCCCAAUAAUAAACAAAAGAUCUGGAGAAAGA